AUGGGUGGUGUGUCUCCAGAUUCGGGCCCCCCCGGGGGGGUCAAGGCCCCUGACGGCGGGUGGGGCUGGGCGGUGCUGUUCGGCUGUUUCGUCAUCACCGGGUUCUCCUACGCCUUCCCCAAAGCCGUCAGCGUCUUCUUCAAGGAGCUCAUAAAGGAAUUCCACAUCGGAUACAGCGACACGGCCUGGAUAUCAUCCAUAGUGCUCGCCAUGCUCUACGGAACAGGUCCGAUGUGCAGUAUCCUGGUGAACCGCUAUGGGUGUCGGCCGGUGAUGAUGGUGGGAGGGAUCUUCGCAUCGCUGGGGAUGAUAAUGGCGUCAUUCGCGACCUCCAUAUUCCACAUAUACCUCACCACUGGGGUCAUUACAGGUAUGGGCCUGGCUAUGAAUUUCCAGCCGUCCCUGAUCAUGCUAAACCGCUACUUCAACGAGAAGAGGCCACUAGCUAACGGGCUAGCCGCCGCGGGAAGCCCUGUAGCCCUGUGCUGUCUCUCACCACUGGGGCAGAUGCUAAGCUACCAGUAUGGUUGGAGGGGCGGUUUCCUGGUCCUGGGGGGUCUCCUCCUCAACUGCUGUGUGUGUGGGGCUCUGAUGAGGCCGCUCAACCCCCCCAAGAGGAAGGACGCCGACCAGGAGAACUGCGUUGAAGAGAAAAAGGACUCUUCCGCCGCCGCUCCCAAAUCCAAGCUGCUGGACUUCAGUGUGUGUCGCGAUCGCGGCUUCAUGAUCUACACGCUGGCGGCGGCCAUCAUGGUCCUGGGGCUCUUCGUGCCGCCCGUCUUCGUGGUGUCCAGAGCGAAGCACAUGGGCACGCCCGAUACCCAGGCUGCAUUGCUGCUCACCAUCCUGGGCUUCAUAGACAUAUUCGCUCGCCCCACAUGCGGAGUCAUCGCCGGCCUACGCUGGGUACGACCCAGGUGUGUGUACCUGUUCAGUUUUGCGAUGAUCUUCAACGGCACUACAGACCUGCUGGGCUCCUUCGCUCAGGACUACAACCAGCUGGUCAUCUUCUGCAUCUUCUUUGGCAUCUCCUACGGCAUGGUGGGUGCGCUGCAGUUUGAGGUGCUGAUGACGAUCGUGGGAACUGAGCGCUUCUCAUCGGCCAUCGGACUCGUGCUGCUCGCGGAGGCGAUCGCAGUACUGGUGGGACCUCCAUCCGCAGGUCGUCUGCUUGACUACACCCAUAGUUACCAGUAUGUUUUCAUGUUGGCCGGGAGCGAGGUGUGUCUCUCCGCCGUCGUCCUGGCAACCUGCUACUUCCUGUUCAUGGGCAAGAAGGAGGCGGAGCCUCCGGCUCAGGAGGACCAACCAGGCGAGGCCGACGGUGACCAGCUGGCGCUGAAGGACCAAUCAGAGUCCGGAGAUACCUCUGAUAACUCCGCCUCCACCUCUGGUAACUCCGCCUCCAGCUCGGCUAAUUCCGCCUCUGGUGGCUCUGCGGCUGCAAGCCCCGCCCCUGCGGCCGAGCCCACCACUCAGGCAACGGUGGAGGUGGGGCCUGCCAAGGAGGUGGAGCCAGAGUCUGCACUCUAA